GAUGAUUUUGUUUCCUAUCGAAUCAAAUUUAAUCACAUAGCUUGGAAUCUAAUUGUUGGUUGAUUGUUGAUUAAUUAUCAAUUUGUUUCAGAGGAAGUGAUCAAGUGGCUCUUGACCAUAAAUAUCGUUUUAUAUUAUUAACAAAUUGUCAUAACAAUUAAGAUAGUUAAUCAAUUUGUAUUCCAAGGUUUUUCAUUCUUCUUUUCUUAUUAUUAAUUAAUGUGUGGAGAGAAUCAUAAAAUCUAAUUCACAAUUAGAUAAACAAUCAAGUUAUAAGAUAUUGUUAAUUGUUAAAGCUUGUAUGUUUAUCAGCAUUUAUUUCAUUUGUUGGGAAUCAACAGUUGAUUUAAUAAUAAUAAUUGUUACUUGUCAAUUGAUUGAAAACCCAUUUCAAUCAACACAAUUAUUUCAUCUAACUGGGAAUGAUUAAACUUGUGAAUUUGAUUAUUAUUGUGACAUUUUUAACUGACCAGUGGCUAUUUGCCUUGUCUUAUGUGCCUUUAAGCAAAAAGAUUGUGACAAAUGAUAAAAUUAAAAAGGAUGAUUCCAAAGUCAAGGAUCCAUUGAUUUUAUACAAUCGAGUGACAAUUAACUCUUUAUCCGCUUUGAGUUUGAUGCAAUCAGAAUUUGAGCUUGAUUUGUUUCUCUUUCAACGGUGGAAAGUAAAUGAAACAAUUUGUGAACAAUACAAAUCACUUCAUCGAUCGAUUGUUGGUGAAUCUGAUUUAGUUUUACAGGAUGGAAGUGAAACAAUUACCGAUGUUUCAGUUUUAUCACAACUUUGGUUACCACAAACUUAUAUGGUGGAAGUUAAAUCAAGUUUAAAUACGAGAACGGCAAAUAAUGAAGGAUUUUUAACAAUCUACAAUCAGACCAAUGGAUGUUCAAUUAAAUUCACCAGGAGAUUAUUUUCCAAAGUUGGGUGUAAAAUGGAUUUCAGGGAAUAUCCCAAUGAUAUUCAAAAUUGUUCCUUGACAUUGACAAGUUAUUUUUGGUCCGAUAAUGUGUUGAAAUUUGUUUGGGAUUCUCCUGAUUUGGAACUUGAUUUACAGAAUAUUGAUCAAAAUCAUUACGAGAUUACGUUUACAACGGAAACUCAUCGAAGCCUUGCUUUUGAUGGAAAAAAUCGUACUUGGCUAACGAUUCGGUUGAUAUUCCGAAGGAAAAUAACUCAUUUCAUCUAUCAGGCAGUUAUACCAUCGAUUUUAAUUGUCAGUUCAGCUUAUUUCUCAUUCUUUAUAUCAGUCGAAAAUGGGCCAAAUAGAUUCCUCUUCACGGCGACACCUUUUUUCGCACUGAUUACCCUUUACAGCGGUGUCAAGGGUCAACUUCCUCCGGUUUCCUAUGUAAAUGCAAGUGACAUUUGGAUGUUAGGAACACUUAUAUUUGAUUUCUCAACAAUUUGUAUAAUGUCUUGUUGCUGUUAUUUAACCAAAUUGGAUCAGAUCAAGAAAAUGUCGGCCAAAAAAUCAACCACCACGGAGGCAGAAAAUGACAGUCAACAAUCACCACCUUGGCAUCAUAAGAAACCGUUAACCAAGAAACCAACAUUACUAAAGCAUUUUUCCUUCAUUGUAUUUACAGUUAAAGAUGAAUCUCUGUUCAGUCCGGCUGAUCAUUUGGACAAUUUGAUGAAAUUAUUGUUUCCAUUGUUGUUUUUAACUUUCAAUUGUGUCUAUUGGAUACUUGUCCUUUCUCGGCGUCUUUUAUCAUAGUUCAUGUAAUUUUAUUCUCAUCAUCACAACACAAUCAACCAAUUCACAGUUAACUCAUAAAAAAACAAUCUGAAAAACGAUUAAAAAAAACACAAUAAAAUUAGAAAUUAAAUCAAAA